AAAAAAGUUAGCGUUAUAGAUAGUCACUGUCAAAAUAAUAAAAAACAUUGAUGAAAGAAAAUAGAAAGACGUUACUGAAUUUUAAAAGUUUGCUCUUUAUUGUCAAUCUAGUUGGUUUAAAUUUUAGUUUAUUUUACAAUGGAUGAUAAUUAUUACGAUCUAACAGCUGAGUUAGAUGCUAGGGAGAUAUUAAGAUAUCUUAACAAUCUGGGUAUACAUAACAUAAGUGGCGAGGUCUUGAAGUAUUUUAUUACAGAUUUGAAAAAGCUAAUAAAAUAUGACCUGCAACAAAAGAAUCAGUCCAGGUCCACCAACCAAGAGAGGGAUGAAAUGCCAGGUCCUGAAAGGUUGCACAGUGCUAGCACGUUUUGUUCCCGCCUUAGGUCUAAAGGCCAAGAAAAUGUUAUACCAAAAUGUACCAGGGAAUGUCAGAAGAGUAGGAGAGUGAAUGUCAGAAAUGUGCACUCUGCACCAAACUUGGGACAGCCUAAAACAGAAGAUAAGCCUCUUAGAAGAGCUUGUUCCUGUGUCAGAGUUGAGAAGAAAGAAGAAAGGAAGCCAGAGCUGGAGAAGGAAAGGAGUUCCUCUUGUACUACUAGUAAUAAUUUGAUCAAAGUGCCGAAACAGCAACCGAAAAAGAAAUGUGAUCCCGUCAAUUUGUACCAUUACUAUACUACUUUAUGGGACAAGUACAAAUCCAAUGUACCGGGUGAAAACAACUGGUCAGACUUACGAUGGAGUAUUAGACAAAAAAUGGCUGGAAAUAUUGUAAAACACACAUCUUCAAAUAAGAUUCCUGAUUCCCACAGAGACAAAGAACAAGGGACCGUUAGAUCUUGACAUUAUUUUUGUACAAUUUUUUUUUUCAAUCAACUUACAUGUGAAGAUUUAGGCUUAAGUAAAUAAAAUAUAAGUACAUAUUUUUUUAUA